CGCUCGAUCGUAGCUCGCCGUCCGUGUCGCGGGAAAACUCCACAGUAUCGCGCGUGGAAAGCCCUUGCACUGUUUAGCUAGGGUUUUCACCUUUCGUAAAAUUACUCAGCCGCAGAAAACCAGAGAGAGAUCAACUCAAUCAGCUGAAGAAAACCCGAGGGAGGCCUCGACAAGAAACAAGGAGACCAGUUGUGGAUAUUUGGAGCAUGGGGUUUAUCGGAGAUGGAGAAAUGUUACGGGUUUAACUGAUCCAAUUGCUUGGAAUAUAAUUGCACCUGAGAUUCAGGAUAGAAGAAUGAGAGGAAUGUCAAGGGGAAAUCACUUUUGUGUUUGUACUUUUGUCAAGUACAGGUGUUUUAUAGUUGGAUCGUAUAAUUUAUUUUGUGAAUUAUUUGGAUUGUUCAAAUUCAUAGUAGGAGAUGCCAUAGACAACUAAACAAUAUUUUCCGCAAGCAAUGGAAGGUUAUAAAGACUUUUCUUUUUGUCAGGUUGGAGAUGAUGUCAAUGAACACCAGUUAGAAUCUCCAAAAGGUAUGCCUAAUAUCAGUAAAGUCACAAUCAAGGAUGGAUCUUCAGAAGAUGACAAACAUGAGGGGCCCACUAGUAAUGUUCUUCCAUCCCCAGUUGAUAUUUCGCCAAAUACAAGUCUUGUAGACAAUGGUAAAAUUGAUGAAUUGGUUGCUCAAGGUUCUUUGCCUUCUAUGACUGCUAAAAUGGAGCCCCCAAAACCAAUAUCCAGUGAGGUAUUGGGAUCAAAAAUGUCUGAAAGCUCUAAAGAUUCAGUUAAGACUUCAGACACAAAUCCAUUGAUAGCUAGCAAAAGGCCUAGGGUGCGUACAAAGGUUCCUUUUGAGAAGGGGUAUAGCCAAAUGGACUGGCUAAGGGUUACACGCACUCAUCCAGACCUUGCAGGAUUGAAUGGGAGAUCUAAUAGAAGGCUCAUCACAAUGGAUGAAGUUAAGCAACACAAAACUGAAGGUUCAAUUUGGACAGUCUUGAAAGGUCGUGUCUACAAUAUUUCCCCAUACAUGAAGUUUCACCCUGGAGGUGAAGAUAUGCUGAUGAAAGCUGCUGGAAAGGACUGCACAACUCUAUUUAAUAAAUACCAUGCUUGGGUCAAUGCAGAGUUUUUGCUGGAGAAAUGCUUGGUGGGCAUUUUGGAUGUGAGCUGAUGAUCCCAAGGCUGUAUGAGCCAUGUUAUUCUUGUGGGGUGAGGAGAGUGUAGAUUCAAUAAAUGUGUUCCAUAAAUUGUUUAGCAAAUAUCUGUUCAUGCACUCAAACAAUUUUGACAUUAACACAAAAAAAAAAAGCCACCAACUUUGGAAUCCUA